GCACCGGGUGGCAAUCUUGUCAGCUGUCGUCGUUGUAAACUCUUCUCGUAACUAAUUUUUGUCAGCCAAUAAAACCAAUUGUAAAAAUGCAAAGACAACUUGCUAAUCUGCUGGGAAAUGUGACGCGCCAGGUGCGCAACAGUCAGCGUGCAUUCUCAGUGACAGCGCAGCGGCGGGAAAUCUUCAAGGUGCAGAGUUCCGAGGACUUUGACAAGAAGGUGAAAAAGAGUCAGGAACCCGUUGUGGUGGAUUUCUUUGCAACUUGGUGCAAUCCCUGCAAGCUGUUGACUCCACGCAUUGAGAGCAUUGUGGGCGAACAGCAAGGAUUAAUCAAGCUGGCCAAAGUGGAUAUUGAUGAGCACAGUGAAUUGGCUCUGGAUUACGAUGUGGGCGCUGUUCCCGUACUCAUGAUUAUGCAGAAUGGCAAGGAGGUGCAACGCAUGGUGGGAUUACAGGAUGAGGACAAGAUACGUGCCUGGGUUGCUACAGCGGUCAAAAAUGCCAAGCAGUAAAAGUUCACCAUCUGGUGUAUUUAUUUAAAAGGUCACGUUACCUUGUUUAAUAAAUACACCUUGGUCCCCCGUGCCUAAGGCAUUAAAAAUGGAGCAAAGCUUUAAGUUCAGUUUACUCAAAAAUAAAUGUUAUUACUCGUUGCAAAAACAACUUAAA